CCAAUCUUCAAAUGUAGGAUUACAGGUAAAAAGACACUGGAAAAAGUACUGAUAAAUGGACAAGCUACUAGUUACUUACUUCGCACCACUUUAGCUAAUUUGCGGUUGGCAAAGUGACAUCUGAUUUCAAAUAUUAGCAAAAUAGUGAUUUUAGCGAAUUUGUGGUUAACUAAGGAGUGGAAGUACAAAAAAAUCGGUUUUCAAAUGUAGGAGUAAAGGUAAAAAAGUCAUCAGAAAAAGUGCAGAUGACUUAAAAAUCAAAAUGUUUUUUUUUUAAUUAAAUAUGUCUACGUCAUUAUAAUAAGCAGUUAACUGAUUUGUCGGUCGGAUGGGGCAAACAACGAUUUAGGAGUUAAAGGUCAAAACAAACACGUCAAGUUGGACGUUACAGGCUGAAUAAAACAAUAUUUUUGUGGCUGGUGGAACCGAGCACGUAGAAAAUGUCAUAAAAAAUAAAUCUGCAGCAUCUCCACUUCCGCGUAUUUCCAAAUCCGGUUUUGCACUGGUGCGGUCAUAAUGCUGUUUUGUUGACCGAAGUGCGCCGGCGUGUGGGCGGUGUUCAAGUCAACCUUUGCACCGCCCGCGUGGCACACCGAUGACGGUAUGUCUAGAAACCUUUGUUGGCAUGUUACUUUCGUUUAACGUGAUUUAGUUUUGAGUCAAAAUAACGAAGAAAGUGAGUUUAAAGUGAUGAAUACACGCCUCUACUUGACCGCGUUCGUUUUUGUGUGCCUCUUGGGCUCUUCGGUGACCAAAGAAUCCCCACCAAUUGUUCAGGUGUACAGUCGGACAACGGGAGUGUUGGGCAAAGCCAACGUCCUCCUGUGCCACGUGAGCAACUUCCACCCGCCACUGAUCAAAGUGGACCUGCAGAGAAAUGGCGCCGUGAUCCAGAAGGCCAAUCAGACAGAGAUGGUCUUCCUGGAGGACUGGGACUACUGUCUGACCAAAUAUGUGCCCUUCAUUCCCCAAAGUGGAGAGGAGUACACCUGCCUGGUGACUCACAUGGGGAUUACCAGGAGGUUUUCUUGGGAACCGGAUAUGUAACAUUUUCCCGCUCCCUUGUUUUGGGUCAACUCUGUCUUGAGAUGAAGAAUCUAAUAAUAAAAAAAAAAAAGUAAAAAUAAUGAUUUUGGCACUGGUGCAAAUACGCUCGGUGGAUAAAACUGAGCAGAACAACACAAGUGACGUGGGAUCCUGCUUCGACCGGUUGUGUUGACGGAGAACAAUAAAGAAUAGACGGUGGAAUGUGGAAUAGGACUCGAGUGGACGUAAUAUGACACCCAGUGUACAGUAAAUGUCUCAUAAACCGUCAUUAAUGUUGGCCAGUGGAGGGAAGAAAAACUACUGCAACUCAGGAAAAGGUUUGAAGAGAUCAUGUUUAUUGCGCAAAUAUAUUGCACCAGUUGUUGUAUAAUCGCACUACAGUAGUAAAAGAGUAUGUGUCAAAGUUCAAGUGGAAAUAUUUGCACUACCUUUAACUCCAAACGUGCCUCAAAAGCUAUUGAUCUGCUGGAGAAUUGUUGUUAACGAUCACAACAGUCUAUGAUACAUAUGAUGCUUCGAAAGAGUAAAUUUCGCAUGUCAUUUCUGCGUGAGAAUUGCAUCUUGGCUUGGUUUCUCACAUCCAUACUUAAACAUUGGGGAUUGAUUUUCAUUCAACAUGUGCAUGGGUUUAUCAUUCGACUUUUGGGGGGGGGGGGGGGGGGUUUCACAGUGCAUGAUAUGCUGCUGCCUAUUCAAAUAAAAUACAUUUUGCAUCAUGACAAUUUUAUUUUUUUUUAAACAAUGGGUCCUAAGGAAGUGAAUAAUGAGAAGAAGGAGCUGAUGAUGUCAUUUAAAUUAAAAUGUGAAAUUAUGGAUAAACAUGA